UCACAACUCUUCCUAUCUCACUCAAAAAAAAAUGUCUGUAUCCAUGGCAACAAAGGAUUCAAGCUGGUGGGUUUUAACCCUUCCCGCUUUCCUGGGCUCGAAAAUCCUGGUGGAUGAAUACUUCAUCAUCGCCACCCUCUCCAUCUUCGUCUCCCUCGCCAUCCUCUCCUACCUCCUCUCCCCCGGCGGUGCCGCCUGGAAAAACAACCGCACCCGCCUCGGCCCCGUCUCCAUCCCGGGCCCCCGCGGCCUCCCCUUCCUCGGCUCCCUCCUCUCCUUCUCCCACGGCUCCCUCGCCCACCGCACCUUACACUCCCUCGCCUCCUCCCACCCCUCCCGCCGCCUCCUCAUGGCCUUCUCCCUCGGCCGCACCCCCGCCGUCGUCUCCUCCGACCCCCAAAUCGCCAAAGAAAUCCUCACCUCCGUCAACUUCUCCGACCGCCCCAUCAAGCAGUCCGCCCGCUCCCUCAUGUUCUCCCGCGCCAUCGGCUUCGCUCCCAACGGCGCCUACUGGCGCCUCCUCCGCCGCAUCGCCGCCUCCCACCUCUUCGCCCCCCGCCGCAUCGCCGCCCACGAGCCCGGCCGCUCCAAAGACGCUUCCUCCUUGCUUUACGACAUCGCUUUUGAUCAGUCCCGAAACGGCGCCGUUUCCGUCAGGAGGCAUCUCCAGAAGGCCGCCUUGAACAACAUCACCGGCAGCGUUUUCGGGCGGAGGUACGAGGGCGCGGAAGCCGCCGAGCUGGAGGAUAUGGUUAGGGAGGGAUUCGAGCUGCUCGGUGCCUUCAACUGGUCAGACUAUGUGCCGUGGAUGACUUUGUUCUACGAUCCCCGCCGCAUUUCCGCUCGCUGCCAAUCCCUCGUGCCACGUGUCAGGAAGUUUGUCGCUGAGAUCAUCCAAGACCACAGGCAGAAGAAGCGAGAAGAAAACGUGUCCUUUACCGGUGAUUUCGUUGACGUUUUGCUGUCUUUGGAUGGCGAUGAGAAGCUCGAUCAGGAUGACAUGAUCGCCGUCUUGUGGGAAAUGAUAUUCAGAGGAACGGACACUACAGCUCUGCUGACCGAGUGGAUACUAGCGGAGCUGAUUCUCCACCCCGAAAUCCAGGCCAAGCUCCGCCGCGAAAUCGACGAUCUCGCGGCGGCAAAGGGAGGAGAGCUGACUGAUGCUGACGUGGCGGGCCUCCCGUAUCUUCAGGGUGUGGUGAAAGAGACUCUCCGUGUCCACCCGCCAGGCCCCCUUCUGUCUUGGGCCCGCCUCUCCACGUCGGAUGUCCAGCUCAGCAACGGCAUGGUGGUCCCCGGUGGCACGACGGCUAUGGUCAACAUGUGGGCCAUCGCCCACGAUCCCGCCGUGUGGGAGAAUCCCCAGGAGUUCCGCCCCGAGCGCUUCGUGCCCUCCAUGGGCGGGGCUGAUGUGGACGUGCGCGGUGGGGAUCUGAGGCUGGCUCCGUUUGGCGCCGGCCGGAGGGUCUGCCCCGGUAAGUAUCUCGGGAUGGCCACCGUGGGCAUGUGGGUGGCCAAGCUCGUGCGCAGGUUCGAGUGGGCCGAGGAUGCUGCCUACCCGGUCGAUUUGAACGAGAUGCUUAAGCUGUCCUGCGAGAUGAAGUUUCCCUUGUCAGCGGUGGUGGUCGAGAGGGACGUUCCGUAUUAAGAAAAAUAGGAUGUGUUUUUGGCUGUUUAGUUAUGUUUGGUUUUAUUUGUUUGAUUAAGAGGUUUGAAGGGAAAAACAGGUUAUUCCCUAUAUUCAAGUGUUUCAAAUUGUUUGACUCCGAAUUUUGACUUUGUUUCUCUGGUUGGAGUCAACAAUUUUACGUUUGUAUUGACUAUAUAUAUAUAUAUAGUUUGAUUAUUAAUUA